CUAAAUAGUUUAAACUUAAAAAAACUAAAAAGUUAAGCUAUAUUGGUUAAUUUUUAUUAUCAACAAUAUUAUUUUUCAGAGAACUUUAAAAUGAUUCAAAUACUAAAACGUUUUAAGCAGAUUCACAAUUUUAGUAUUUUCUUUUUUUAACUGUUUCAGUAAAUUAUUGACGGGAAACUCAAGGGCAAAAGAAAAUGACGUUUGUAGGCGUCCGUUUUUUUUAUUAACUUUAUAAUAUAAUAUAUUAGUAUAUUGUAUUGGGAAUAGGGCAGAAAACUAAUUCACAAAAGUUAUUUUUUGUCAAGGCUUUCUUAUAAAAUUUAUUGUGAUGGACAUAUUAUGUAACUUUGUUACGUUUUUUAAUACCCAGUGGAGAAUACGCUCAGUUACACAGGAAGUGAACAUUAUGCAAACUUUAGCAGGAGGAGGCGAUAUUAUCAACAAAAGAUUGUGAAAGUAAAAAGCCUUCUUGCUAGGCUUUUGAACAUCUUCUUUUUAAUAUACAGUUUGAAAGCUUCCGUUACAGAAAAUGCAUGGGUAAAUAACAUUGUGUAAAUAAAGAAAAAGAGGAGGCUCCUCUAAUCUAAUAAACCCCACGUAGAAAACAUUCGUGCCUAAGACAGAUAAACAUCCAACAAACAUAGGGAUUCGGAUGUACACACCUUUGUACUUGCAGCUUGGUAACUACUGGUGAGUGUAUCUCAAACUAGGGUAAUACUAUUGUCUUUCUUUACGCUGUUAAGGGUACCUGUUUAAAAUAGAUUGAAGAGCUUCUGUGAACUGAAGUCAGAGUUAGUUACGUCUGCUAUAUUUAAUCCGUGUUAUUGAAGUUAAUCUUUUACUUGCUGUUUUGGUUUAAGUGAUGUUUGAUUAAGAUGCUGAUAGAACAUGAAUCCCGAGGCGCUGACAUCAUCAGAAACUACGCUGUAAUUGCGGGAGGGCUAUUUCAUUCUAAAAUAUAACAAGCGUUCAGAUUUCUUUGAGUUAAACUUUCUAAUUACCUUUUUGUUUUUAUUUUAAAAACAUCUUGAUAAAUUAAAAUGUCUAAAUGGAAACUGAAAUAUCCAACUGGUUUAUUCAAUUGAAAAACAGAUAAGAAGGUCAACCCUCUGUUUGCUCUUUGCCUUAAAUAUAAAGAUUUGAUGUAGCAACAUCCACAAGUGUUCAUUCGUUUUAACGCUUUCAUCUACUUAGACAUGAUGUGGAGUUACAUGUUCUGUUUCGCUUUUUAUACAGCAAUGAUAUUUGAAGUAACAGCUACGAGGAAACAAACAGAACACGAUUUGUUGUUAAGUCAAGUUGCUGCGAAGAUUUCUGCUGAUGGAUUUGUAUCUGAAAACAGCAGGAAAGCAUUAUCCUUGUUGAUGUCGGUAAAAGGGAUUGAAUGUCAUGGUGUGCAUUUUAAACAAACAGUCAGACAUGAAGAUUGUGCUACUCACUUGAUAUCGAACAAAAUAUGCUUCGGCUCAUGCUUUUCAAAAACAAAACCAAUUAUCGUUGGCCAGAAAUUAUUGCCACCUGAGAUUAAUACUUGUAAUCCAGGUGUUGUAGUCGAUGAGUACGUGAAGAUGAAAUGUUUGAAGGGGAGCAUCCAUCUAAAGAAGGUCAAAGUGACGAAGAGUUGUACUUGUCAAUUAUCUGUUUGAAUAACAUCUUUGUAGAGACAUUGAACGAAACUUCGUUGUGGAUCCUGAAACUUGCUUCUUACUUCUUCCCCACUGCCAAUGUGGAAAUGAAAAGCAGAUGUUGCCUCUGAAAUCAACAAUAUAUAUAUUGUACAUAUUAAUUCAUUUAUUAUGGAUAUAAUAUAAUUUAAAAGAAGUAAAAAAAAUAA